AUGGAAGUCGCCAACGAUUUUGGAUAUCCAGACGAUGAAGUGAUGCACUCCUUAAGGGACACCUUAAGUAAAUUGAAGGUACAAUUUUAUUUUUUUCUCAAAGAUCAAUAUUUGCAAGCUUCAGUUUUACCAUAUACUUUGACAAUUCAGAGUUUUCUCGGGUUGAUUCGAAAGUUUUGGACUCAAAAAUGGAAAAUUCAAAAAAAGCAGUAGUUUGAGAACUUGAAUCAGACUUUUCUGAGUCUUCCUAGGGGCCACUAUAGGGGCCUCAGUACUCUUAAGGGACCUCUAGAAUUGCUCAGGAAGUGCGAAAAAUUAUAAAUUAUGUCUCCGCUUCUUUUUUCUGACCAAAAGUUUCCAAUUUCAUUAGUUUUUCCCGGGAUAAAUUUGACUUUCUAUAGACUUUUUGGCUGCACUGAAGUUUGUUCAUAGUACAAACUAUUUCGAAAAAAGAACUCUAAAACUGAUCUUGAACACUGGUUUUUCACCUCAAAUAAGACCCGAAGUUGAAGGAAGACAGAAAAAAAGUUUUUAUGCAGAGUAGGAAAGUCAGGGUCCACUUUACUGAAAAAAAAAAGAAAAAAUAACUGUUUCAGACUGUCAUAAUAAAAAUAGAAAAGACAGACUUGUCUUGAUAAAUCCCCACUUGCAGAGCGACCGACAGCACGUCCCACCCCCACCGAAGCCCGAAGACCUCUCCGAGGUACCGACGAAAGCCCUGGGACCCAUCCUCCAGAAGCAGAUGUCGACCAUCCGCGAGGAAUACCACGAGAUUCAGUCGCGUCGAAGUCGCGCCAAUUGUAAGUCGAGCCGCAGAAGUUCGGCCUUUUUCGAUGCCGACGUCUACGACGACGCCUACAAGCGAUAUGUCGAUCGCUACAUGGAGGAGGAAGUGGAAGUGACGCGCUUGUAGAGGCGUCUUGUGUGCUCCAUGGAUAAAUUUUCUCAUUUUUGUUUUUUUCAGUGUUUUGUGCGGUUUGAAUGAGUAGAGAAAGUGUGCUCCAUGGAUAAUAUAGCUUGAAUUUUUGUACUUCUUAUUGUGGCUUGAAUGAUUAGAGAAAGUUUGCUCCAUGGAUAAAACGGCUCAAUUUUUGAUUUUUUGAGUCAUGUGUGGUUUAAAUGGGUGCAGAAAGUGUGCCCCGUGGAUAAUGUAGCCUGAUUUUUGUAUUUUUCAGUAUUGUAUGUGGCUUGAAACAUUGAAGGAAGUGUGCUCCAUGGAUAAUAUGACUGAAUUUUUGACUUUUUGAAUCAUGUGUGGUUUGCGUGAAGAAAGUGUGCUUCAUAGAUAAUAUGGCUCAUUUUUUUGAUUUUCUCAGUGCGGUGUGCGGCGUUAACAAGUCAAGAAAGUGUGCUCCAUGGAAAAUUAGGCUUAACUUUUGAUAUUCAGGUCAUUUUUGAAGAAAGUAUGCUCCAUGGAUAAUAUAGCUUGAAAUUUUCUCCGUAUGCGGCUUGAAUGAAGGGGAAAGGGCGCCCCAUUGAUAAAAAAAAACCUUUUUUCGUUUCGCUGGGCAACUUCGCUCCAAAGAAAAGAAGAGUAGUUUACUGAUGUCUACAAAAACCAAAAUGUUUAGUUACUGAUAGUUUAAAUCAGUUAUUAGCCGUGGAGCACGUUAUCCUCGACAGAAAUAUGCUUCUAUUCAUUUUUUUUAAAAAAAUAAAUGUUUUUUUCCUUCUUUUUUUUCUAAUAUUUCUUUUCUGUCUGAUUGCUAAAAUAACUAAUAAUCAAUUAACGUGUUAAUUUUCUUGCCUUUUUCAUGAUGUCCAGUAUCUGAUUCUUCGCAUGGAUUCCUAUAAACUUUUUUGUCGGUUUGUCGUGAUUUUUUUGUGGUUCUUGUUGUUUUCAAUCGCUAUUUUCAGGUUUUGAGUUGUGAGAGAUGUUUUUUUUUUUUGAAAAAUUCGUACGAUUUUCAGCCACCGGCCGCUCGCCUCACCCGAAACGGAAAGAAUCUGCGAGGAAACCGAACGGACCGCCGCCAGUUGUCCACAAGUUUGUUUCAAAUUUGAAAAAAAAGGGGAAAAGAAGUCUUAUUGGAAUUUAAUGAUGAUAAGUUAGUUAUUUUGAGCACGUCAGCAGGAAUUUUUAAAUUUUUUUUUUUUGGAUGAUUUAAAUUACCACGAACUUCUACAAGAUCGGAUAAAAAUAGGAUUUUUCUUAGUUCUCAGGGUAUUUUCAGCUCGUAUAUUUGAAAAAAAGUCCUGUUUUGGAUAGAAAAAAAGCUAUAAAAAAACGAAGGUUCUUUAAAAAGUUCUACGGUUCCAAAGGAAGUAUAACUUCUCUUUUCCACUUCUUAUUUUAUUAUAUUUCUAUUUCUUUACUCAGGAAAAGUUCAAACAACCUUUAAGCCCUUCAAAAAGCUUCAAACAACCUAAAAUUCCUCAAAAAGGCUUUAAAAGAAGAGCUGAUAGCUCAUUGUUGAGUUCCUAAAAACGUGCCAAAAGUUUCUUGUAAUCUCCUUGUUAACGUCUUCUUUUUUUAACCCCCUUAGAAGGUCCUUUUCAGAAAAAGAUCAAGAAAAAAGGCGCUUUUGAGGUUUUUUGGACUUGCCCGUUUAACUGAAAAAAUCCCGUGAGCAAGUAUUUGAAGCUGAUUUGGAAAAUCAAGGCUCACAGUUGCAAAUAGAGUUAAAUUUGUUUCACUUUCGAAAUUUUUUGAUUUUUUUUGCCAGUUUGAAGAAAAAAAUGCUUGUUUUUUUAUUUAUGAAAUAUGAUCCAAAUGAUUCGGUUUUUCGAUUCUUACAAUGGAGGUCACUUCACUUAGCGGUUGGGAGUUUCCCGAAAAUUGGUUAAAACACUUCUUAAUGUACCAGAUGAAGAUCCUGUAAGGUUUAAACUGCACAAUUUCCUAGUUUUGGAGAAAGCACACCUUAAAGUCGAAGAAAACAUUGAAAAUUCGUGAAAAUAGGCCAUUUUGAGGCUUUAAGCGCUUAUUUCUCGAAAGCUAAUAAUUUUUGAAGGUUGAAACUUCCAGAUUCUUCUUCUGGUACUUCAAGAAGCGUUCUGACAAAUUUCCAGGGGAUUCCCACCCGUAAAGUAAAAUGACCUACCUUGUUUUUUGAUCCAAGAAGGAAUCUAUUGUGAUGAUAAAAAUGAAAAAUUUUAAAAAAAUCCUUAUACGUUCAAAUUUUUUUCUUCAGAUGGAACGGAACGGCUUCACAAGACUCCAUCAUGACAAAUGGAAAGGAGGUCCCGUUUGAGGUAAUUUUUUUGGUAUAAAGAAUAUUUUGGUGACAUUUUUUCUUUGUUAUUUUCGCUCGAAAAAGUUAGAAAUUUCAUAAAUUUUACACACAAGCCUAUGCCUGGGCUCUAAUUAAGUGCUAGCCAUUCCAAAUGCGACCAUGAGCUGAAUAAUCGUUACGAGGCCAAAAAGUCUUUUUUUGGAAUGGCAUGAAUAAAUAGUUUGCUAGAGCGCACUUUGGUCUAGAUGAAAUGGCCGUCAAUAAUAUUUAAAGAUCAUUCUUUCGUUCACAUAUUUCAAAAAAGCAAUAAAAAAGAUGUUGGAGGUGGAAACGAGAGGACGAAAGAAUGAACUGUAGUCUGAAGAAAGUUCAGUUUUUAGAUUUCAGUUAUGAAAAAUUGACGAAAGUCUAUCGAAAACUUAAUUUUCAGAUUCCAACCCGUCGUGGCCCGGCUUCGGCGACGUCUUCUGCCCCGACGUCGCAUCCGGAAGUCCAGAAGACGUCGAGCAACAACGGCAGCGUGCGCAACGGCGCAAGUAAGCAUCCGUUGCCCCGGUGAGCCUUUUCCUCUGUUUCUCCCAUCUUUGUUCGUGUUUUUUGGUGUCUUUUGUUCAAUUUGAGAAAAAUUGGUCUUUUUUGAAUCCUCCCUUCUGUUCUUGCCUCUGUUAUUGAGUCAGAAAAUAGGUCCUAGAGUUCUGAUUAGGGUUCUAAGCAUCAAAGGAAUGUCUUUAGGAUUUUUUUGGAGCUGAAAAUCUCGACUCGAUACAAAGAUGACACUUGAGCUUUAGACCCUAAACUCCUAUAGUGACCUACUGAAUUUUGACCCCUAUAGGGACCAAUAUGACGUCUCAGGCCCCUCCUUUCGAACUAUUAGUUCCCUACUUGAUCACCCCUGAUAGAUUAAUGAUCGUUUUUUCUUGGCAAUUGAUCAGGGUCGUGCUGGCUUCACUUGAGCUUUAGGGGCUUCAUGGUCAGACUCUAAACCCCUGUAGUUACCACCUCAACUUUGACCCCUAUAGGGACCAGUCUGGCCUGACUUAAGUCAGCUUCUCCUUCUGGGUUAUUUAAUUUCUUCACUUUAUUACUUCUGAUAGAUGACCAUCAUUGCCACGGCCUUGAUCAGGGUUGUGCUGACGUCAGUUGAGCUUCAAACCUCUAUAGUAAUCACUUGAACCUUGACCCCUCUAGGGACCAGUCUAGCGUUUCUAAGUCAGCUUCUCCUUCUUGUUCUUUACUUGAUCACCCCUGAUAGAUAAAUGACCGUCUGUUCAAGAAAAUACGGCAUUGAUCAGGGUCGUGCUGGCGUCACUAAAGUUUUAGGAGCUUCAGGGUCGUACUCUAAACCCCUAUAGUGACCACUUAAACUUUGAACCCUCUAGGGACCAGUAUAUUGCUCCUAAGUUAGCCGCUCCUUCCUCACUUGUCUGUGCUUGAUGGAUAAAUGGCCGUUCUUUCCAGGCAAUACGGCAUUGAUCAGGGUCGUGCUGGCGUCUCGCCGCGACAAUCGGCCGCCCAUCAACCCCAGCGACUCCGCGACGAACACAACGGACAGAUGGUGACGCUGUCGCGAGCCUCCGACUCAGACCCCUCGUCGCCCUCCGACGCCCACCUCUACCACCAUCACUACCAGCAGCACUCCUCCUCCAGCAUCGGCGCAAGAAUCACCCACGCCGCCAACCACGUAACUCGAAUCGAAUUGGAAGACGACGGCCAUGUUUCUGUGAUCUAAUCGUGUGUAGUUUGCUUCCUCAUUUUGGAUUCUGCUGAAUUAAUUAUUCAGUUGGCUCUCAGACGAAUUAAUUUCAUUUCAUUUAGGUUUGUCUCAGGGCCGUCAAAAAAGCCAAUCAUAUCGGAAUAUGAGGUCGAUUUUUGCAUGUAGUUAAGAUAGAACUAAAUAUGGGGUUGGCUCUCUGAGUUUCUGAAGUAUUUUUGAGGAGAAUCGACCUUCGAACAGUUUUAUUCGACUCGGAGCCGUCAAAAAAGAAGCCCAGAACAGCUUAUCCAAGGUUUUUUGUCUGUAGUUUGCUCUCUGAUUUUUUUUUUUUGAUUUUUUUCAAACAAUUCACCUUCCAAAAAGUUCUAGCGAAGCCUUGAAACAUCAGAAAAAAACCUAUCAUUUUCUAAAAAAAUGAAAAAAAUGUUCCACUUCUACGUGGUUUAGUUUCCAAUUCUGAGGGCUUGAAGUAUAACUUCUUCAAAAAAAUCUAGUGAAACCUCAAAACAUUUAAGAAUUUUUUGUAUGAAAUAUUAGAUUUGACGGAUUGUGUGUAGUUUGCUCAUUGGACAUGAAAGUCAGUCAGAAAAAUUUUUGAACUUUUCAUGGAAUUUUAACCGAAAGUUGAGCUCAUCCUUUUGAGAAUAUUAGAAAUAGUCACAUUUUUUGGUUCCUCUAAUCUUUUGAGACUUAUUUUUUGAGGUGACGUGACUAAUAAUCCAACACUAACCGAUUCUGAAGGCAUAGAAAAAAUUUAUAAAACCCUGAAAGUUUUUUUAACCGCAUUUGGAAUGGUUCAACGCGUCGCGGUCGCGCUGUGGAAUGCUUGAAAAUUUAUUUUUCCCCUGAAUUGAUGAAGUUUGAAAUUUAUCGUUUAUUCUUGUACCCGAGGAAUUUUUUUGAAAUUCAGUAGAAAAAUUGAAAAAUUGGAUGAUUGUGAAAAAAUAGCCUCAGGAAAUAUUUGCUCCAUUGAGAUCAUUUUUUUGUGCUUUGAUUAUAAUUAUUAUUGUAAGAAAUAUGUUGGAAAGUGCGCUCUAAUGAGAAUUGCUUCAAAAAUCAGACUUUGAAGUUUUGGAAAAAAAUAAUUUUUUUCAUUUUUUUCGCGUUGGAGCGCACUUUCACCGUACAAAAGAAUUCACUAGAUUUAAUCCGAAUUUUUUUGUUUGUCCUUCCCAUUGCUACUUAUAUAAUAUACUAAAUUAUGGCUUUUUUUCACUUUUUUUUUCCCGCGCCCAAUUUUUUUGAUUUUCUUUCUGUUCUUUGUAACUUACGUGUAUUUUAAAAAGUUCAUACUUCUUUGAUUUGAUCGAUGUAAUAUGUAUGAUUGUAAUUUUCUGUGAUUUGUAGUGACCUUUUCUGCAUAAUUAUACGAUAGAGACCGUAUCCAAGAGUGAAUUCAGGAUUUAUUAGGACUGUUUUUUUGUAGCUCCGGUUGCUCCAAAAGCCUUACAGGUGCGUCUAAUGAUUAACGAUUUUUUCCCCGCUGAAUAAAAUUUUGAAAAUUUUUUUUGAGCUCAAAUGAGAAGAAAUCAGAGAGAAAAUUAUUUCAGGCAUUUUAGGCAAGAUUAUCAAUGGAGCGCGAACACAAGGUCGAGCGAGGCUGUUUUUUCUCAAGGAAACUUUUUGGUUUUUUCUAACUGAGAAAGUAAUUGAAAGGACUCAUUUCAGGCAUGAUUAUCAUUGGAGCGCGAACUACCGACUCACCGCGGCUCUUUUUUCUCAACCGACUUUUCCGCGAUUUUUCAAAGGGUUUUUUCUUUUUUCGUAUAAUGCGAAAAUAGGAAGAAAUGUGUGGUAAAAAAAUCUUCACUAAGUUUUUUUAAAUUUGAAAAAUUAAUCAAUCCAAAAAGUAGCUUUUUUUAGAACAAAAGUCUUAUCAAUUAAAAAAAUCCUUAUUUUUUUCUAUAAAUAAACUGUGUAGUUUUAUCGAAGUUCAAAAAUGAGAUGAAGUAGAAAAAAACAGGAUCCGGCUAGGUUUUUCAAUGGAGCGCAACUGUAAAGUUUACGGUGGCUAUUUUUUUCAGCCUCAUUUUCAAAGACUUUUCGAUUUUUUUGUGAAUGUUUGAGAAUGAAAAAAACAUUAGUAAAUUUAUAAAAAAAGCUUCAUUUUUUUGAAAAAUGGAAUGGCUGAAAAUGUGUGGCCGCCAAAAAAGUUAUCAUAGAAUUGCAUCCGACUUCAAAAACGACUUGCGCAAAGUAGUAUUGAAGCCGGAAUAUGAAAAUUUUCAAGUGAAAACUGAGAUAAUUAACCGCAGCGCGACCGCAACGCAUCGAGUCAUUCCAAAUGCGUCCAGAAGUUUCCAUAAAGCAUGCAUUUUCGAAAAAGAUCAUACAUUUUCGCAUGGAAAAUGAAAUUUCUGAGUUUAAUUAAUAUUUUUUGGAUGAGAUUUUCGGAAAAAUUGGCCUAAUACGUCUAAUUUUCCAUUAAAAAUCGACAUUUUUGGAUUUUAAAACGCGUUUUUACUUGGAAAAUCCAACUUCGUAGCCUUAAAAACGCGUUUUUACCUAGGAAAUUCAAUUUUGUAGCCUUAAAAGCGCGUUUUCAUUGGAAAAUCCAACUUUGUAGCCUUAUCACUUAUUUUCUAGCCAAAUAAAUGACCCCGACCGUGUAGUUUCCAUAGUUUCCAUAGUUCAUAGCGUGUAGUGUAGUUUUUCUAGUCGACUCUGGUCAAUAAUUCUCUCGUCUCUAGCCAUUUUCAGUGAUAUUUCUCCAUUUUCUCGCAGUUGUUUGCGUUCAUCCGUCGGGUUCUUUUACACAGAGACUUUUGCCGAGGUUUCAAAAUGGUUCAAAAAGCGGAUCAGUUGCUUGGUUUCAACGUUGGCGCUUAAGAAUUAUUGUUUUCUUUCGAUUUUUUUUAAAUUUGAAGUUUUAAAAAAAGGUUCAGGGUCUAAAUUUUCAACUGAAGAUUAUUUCCUUCUAAAAUAUAGGCUUUGAAAUUAUUUUUUUUCAUCAUCGAUAAUGGCCUCAUUAUUUGUUUCAGAAACAAAAUUUUUCUUUUUUUAAGUUUUUACCCACUGCUUACAACACAUGAACUUGUGUAGAUCCCCGAAAUUUUUUUUUUGAAAUUUUUAUGAUUUUUUUUUGGAUUCAGAACUUAUUCAUAAAAUUGGAAGUAUCGUCUAGGUUAUGAGUCCAAUUUUCAAGCUUUUACUGUCCAAAAAUUAAAAAAAAUCCUUUUUUUUUAUUUUCGAACGCUUUGAAACACAUAAAAUGACCUUCAAAACGACCUUGGAACCAAAUUUUUUUCAGUUUUUCCUUGCCUUAAAUUUCAAGUUUUUCGAUUUUUCAAUUUUGUGAAACUUUUUUUGAGUUCUGAAAACCCACUGAUUUCAAAGUUCUAAUGAUGAAUAACUGAUUUUUUUGGAAAUUUUUUUGGACUUUUUUGACUUGAAAUGAUACAAGUUCCAAGCUUUUCCUAUAUUUCAAAAAUUUAUAUCCAAAAAAAAAAACAAAGACGCUUUUUUAUUGACAAAAUGAGGUCCAUUAAUAAUUCUCAUUGUUUUCCCCACACCCGCAAGUUUGCCCCAUUGAUAACCAAUCAGUUGUAGUCGUAUCUUCCCCCACUCAUACUUGUUAUUGACCCAGUUGUCCAGUAAUAUUGUCAGUUUUCUGUUCGCACUUUAAAGAAAAAUUGAGAAAAAUGUUCCAGACGAUGGGUCUCUUCGGGACUUUCACCUUGACAACGAUUCUUCUCGCCGUUUUGGCCGCAUUUUUCGUUUAUAAUUCUUUGGAACCUAGGGUUUGUGAUUUUAUAUGGUAGUUUGCAGUAAAAAAGGGAUAGUUUGAGCUGAAAAUGGAGGAUUUUAUGUAUAGUUCAUUCAUCUUGAUUUUAGCGAGAGAGUGCGUGAAAAGAAGAGGUUUAGACGGUUUACUCUAGAUUUUUUUAAUUUUUUGUCGUUUUGGUCGAAUUUUUCGUUUAUAAAGCCUAGAAUUUGUGAUUUUAUAUGGUAGUUUGCAGUAAAAAAAAGGGAUAGUUUGAGCUAAAAAUGGACGUUUUUGUCCAUAGUUCAUUCAUCGCUAGCUCAAUUUUAAAGAGAUACUGCGCAAAAAGGAGAGGUUUAGACAGUCUCACCGUAUAUUUUUUUCUAACUUAAUAGUGUAUAAAAUAAUUUUUUUCAGCUUCGAGGGCUUCUUUUUUUCGAGAUAUUUUUGAAGAAUAAGCCUAAUUCUGUUCAUAGUUCAUUCACUUAUAGCUUGAAAAAAAAAAUUUAACGUUUUUUUGUCUAAGAUACCAGGGAAAAGAAGUUUGACUCCAUGUUUGUGAAUGGAAUUUCAGGUUCCUGAAAUACCUGAUGAGUACUAUGGCAGUGGGGUACAGAAAAAAGACGAUGAAACCGUACGGCCGUUCAAAAUUUCCGUUCCUGAUGACGUCCUUGAGGUUUUUUUUUACGUUAUUGAAAGGUUUUGGGGGAUACUAGAAAUUUUUUUGGAAAAAAAUGCUGGAUUCUUUUUAUUAUCAUUUUUUUCUUAGGAGUACAAUCAGAGGUGCCUUCUUCCCCCACACUUUAGGGUGAAGCUUCAUGAAGACGAACUUUUAUGAAAAAGAAAUUAGAAGAGAGCUCCUUUACUUCCAAUAAUCACUUGAGAGCUCACUUGAAAUAUUUUUUUAAAAGAGUUUUUUUCGUCAGCAAAGUGAAAAAAACUAAUCUAAAUAGCUCGAUUUUUCCAAUUUUUCACUCAGAAGUCCCCCAAAGUGACCACUUUAGAAGAAUGCUCGAUGUAGAAAUACUUUGAAGAGUUUUAGAGAAAUUAAUAUUGAUCACUUGAACUUUGUUGAAAAAGUUUUUUUCCAGGAAAUUCGGAAUUUAUAUCUCAAAAGGGACCUUGACCAAAUUUUAUUUUGAGUUUCGGAUGCAGUUCUAGGAAUUAUUUCCGAUUUUUUAAAAGUUUUUAAGAUGUAUGUGUUCAGGACCUCAAAACACGCCUGAAAAAUGCCCGAGUUUCACACAAAUUCCUCGAAGACUCGGACAAUUUCUACUACGGCUUCAAUUCCAGAGAAUUGCUCGUAAGAAAUUUCCAUAGAAUUAUCGAAAAAAUGAUGAUUUCCAGGAGUUUCGCGACUAUUGGCUCAACAAGUACGAUUGGAAAAAGUACGAGGCGAUUUUGAACGAGUUUCCCAGUUUCCAGACCGAGAUCGAGGGCUUGAAGGUGAAUAUUAUUUUUUUAAACCUUGAAAAUGAGGUGAAAAAAUUUUUUAGGUUCAAAAAAAGGAACUGUUGAUUGGAAAAUCCCUCGAUUUUUGAAAAAAACAUUUUUUUCAAGGAGGUUCAUUUUAUUAUCACUCUGGAAUUUUUAUUAAAGUUGGCUGAAUCAUUUUUUUAGACUGAUUAGGUGAUGAUCCUGAAAAUCUCAGCCUGUAAAAGUGACUAUUUUUCAAAAAAAAAAAAAUCGGUAGAGUCAAAGAAAAUCAAUAAAAUCCGGCUAAACUUACUAUUUUCGAGACCUAAGCACUCUUUUCUCAAAAACUAGGUGAUUAGGUGAAUUAGGGACGUUUAAAGUAUAUAUUUAGUACUUUGAGGAUUUCUAGGACCAAUUUUUAGAAAGUUCCAGUGUGUAAAGUUGAAUCCCAACCCUAGACGGGGGGGGUAAUUUUUAAGGAUUUUUUUAGUCAUCUUUGAAGGUUCCUUUCAAAAUUAGGGCUUUUUCUAAAAAAAUCUUAUGAAUCUUUAUUGAGCUUGGAGCUUCGAAAAAUCGUGUUCAGGCUCAAAAAUCUUCUCGGAAAAAAAAUUAAAGGUUUUCUGCUUUUGAGCGGCUUUUUUUGGCUUUACUCGUUCCAAACACUCUCUGGUACUAUUAAAAAUUCCACUACAGCUCUAAUUAUAAACUUUAGAAUGAAAAACUCCAUCAAAAAUUUUGAGAGGGACUCGAUAAUCCGAAAAUCACCAAAAAUCAAGGGCGUCUAGACUUAAAGCUUUUUUUUGAUCUGGGUAACAGUUUUACAGUGAAGCAAUCAAUGGUACGACGAGCUCAAAGUUUAAGUGAAAUAUGAAAAAGUGUUCAAUAACUGUUUCCUAUCGUGAAUCAACCAAAAACAAUUUUUGAAAUGUUUUUCGUUUUGGAGAUUUCGUUGAUUCCAGGUUUCAGGCUGUAACUUACCACAACAAUUAGCUACCCAGCUGAUUUUCUUUUGUUAACAUACUGGAUCUGCAAGUAACAACUGUAGAAAGUUUGACAGAAACCGGACAACUUCUGCAAAAAUUAUGACGAAAAAAGUGAAAUUGUAUAUCUUACUGCACGGUACUGUUAUCUACCAAAAAUGAGCUCAAUCGAAUACUCUGGAAUUUUCAACUUUUAAGGGCCCUUAACUUUUUUCACAUGCCUCGAUGGUAUAUUUUGAGGACAGAUUCAGAAUCAGCGUGAAAAAAUACAUCUAGUGGACCAUGUCUCAUGUAAAAGUUCCACUGAGAGUUGGUUGGAAGAAUCCAAAAAUAUCCGCACUUUCCAGGUCCAUUUCAUCCGGGCAACGCCUCCCAAAACCUACAAAACUGUCAAGCCAAUUUUGAUUUCCCAUGGCUGGCCAGGCAACGUCUUCGAGUUCUACAAGUUCAUUCCGAUUCUCACCGACCCCAAGAAGCAUGGAAUCGAUGUUGAUGUGGGUUUAUUAAAAAAAAAAAAGCAAGAUAUUUACCUUUUUGGGACUAGAAAGUAUGGAUUUUUUUAUAAUAUUUAUUCAAAAAAAGAUUUGGGUCUUCGAAAAAAAAAUCAUAUAGCAACAGUUUCAAAGAGAAUAUUCUUUUAGAAAGAAAUUUCAUGACAUUUUCUUGAAAGUUUGAAAAAAAAGAUGAAUUGUUUCAUUCGUGCUCCAUGGCUAAAAAUAGCUCUCUCACCGGACCCCUUUAGUGAACCCUUUAGCGACGUCAGUUUUCUUAAGUGACCACUUUUCAGCUAAAAAUACAAUACUUAUCGAUGCUUCGUAACUUGACACGCGUCUAGUGAUCCCUUUAGGGACCACUUGAGCGGCGUAGGCCCUCUUAAGUGGUCACCUGAGGGUUUAAAAUGCGAUAUUGAUCGAUUCUCAGUAACCAGACUCGCCUAGCGACCCCUUUAGUGAACCCUUAAGCGGUUUCGGUCCUCUUAAGUGGUCAUUUCCAAGAGAAUGGCCAUUUUUGACUAACCAAAACUGAACCAAAAAAAAAGUCGAUAAUACUUUCUCUACUUUAGUUCGCCUUUGAAGUCAUCGCUCCAUCGAUUCCUGGAUACGGAUGGUCGGAGGCGCCCAAAAAGACUGGUUUUUAGAAACUUCCCGGUUUUAGAUGAUAUUUGUGGACCUCAGGCUUCUCCCAACUGGCUUGUGCUCGAGUUUUCCGGAAACUGAUGCUCAGAUUGGGCUUCCGGAAUUUCUACCUUCAAGGCGGCGACUGGGGAUCCCUGAUCACUCGUCACAUCGCUGUGGUUUAUCCCAAGAAGUGAGAAAUGAGGAAAAUACGCUCCACGGAUAAUAUCAAGGAUUAUUUUUAUCAUUUUAGAGUUCUAGAUAGGCUCUUUCAUUGGAACAAUUUCAUUAGAAAAAAAUUAUUUUUUUCUAGUUUAUUCAAAAUUUAGCCUUUGACUACAAAAAUAAAAAUCCCCCCGCCCCCCAAAUUUUUUCAGUGUCCUAGGCCUUCACCUCAACUCGAUGUUCAUUACGCCAGGACUCGAUUUCGCAACCUUUUUGGACGUUUUCGGCUCUUUCUUCCCAUCCCUGGUUAUUCAGAAAGCGGAAAUUGCGCUCUAUUGAGAAAGUUUUCCAGGUUUUCUCUUCUCCGAACUUGAGAAACCACAACUUCUUCGAAAAACACAAGACUCUAUUGGCCGAGACAGGGUACAUGCACAUCCAAGCGACGAAACCAGAUACUGUUGGUGAGGAGUUUUUCUUGGAAGUAAUGUGAGAUUUUCUUUGAAAACUGUGCGAACUUACUCAAAAAAGUGCACUUUUUCCGUAAAAUGGUGCACCCUCACUUAGAAAAGCGCACCUUCCUCGUAAAUUCGUGCACCCUCACUUAGAGAAGCGUACUUUGAUCGUGAAAGGGUGCGCCCUCACUCACAAAAAUCCGCUUUCUUCGUAAAAUGGUACGCCCUCACUCAAAAAAGCGCGCUUUGCUCAUGAAAUGGUGCGCCCUCUUUCCGUUUGAGCUUCGUAAACAGUAUGUAUGAAUACACUUCGUGUUAAUCCAAAGCACAUAUUUUCUCAAUUAGAAGCUUCACCUCGUAAAAUGGUGCACCCUCCUGUUGUAAAGCGCACCCUCGACCACUUCUUUAACCGUUUUUUUCUCAGGAAAAGCUUGUAUUUUUGGAACAGAAGGGUGGUAUUGCGGGUAAAAUGGUACAUAUUCGCUCAAAACCGCGCUCUUUCCCUCAAAAAUCGUGCACCUUCUCUUAAAUUCCGACAUGUUUAUCCACUUUUUUCGCCGUUUGUUGAUGGAAAUCUUCCUUUUUAGGGUCGGCUCUCAACGAUUCUCCACUCGGUCUUGCCGCCUACAUCAUUGAGAAGUUUGGAACUUGGACCAACUCUGAAUAUCGUGCCCUGAAAGAUGGAGGCCUUUCGAAGUUUGAAAUUUAUUUUUGCAAGGAAAACCAUUUUUGAAGGAAAUUCACACGUGAUGAACUUCUGACGAUUGUCAUGAUUUAUUGGGUCAAUGGGAAUAUUGUUUCUUCGCAGAGAUUCUACCGGGAGUACUUCCUCGACCGGCGGAAUGAUGUUCUGGGAAGGUGGGUUUAUAAAGAUUUUAAAUUUCUAGAAGGGAAUUUUUUUUAAUAGGCCUCUAUGCGUGUAUAGGCUUCCCAAGGAAUUUGUUUCUGUAUUUUUUUAAAAAUCAGAGCUAGUUAGAAUAGUUUUUCAUGUUCCAGUUGGACACUCCGAAAACCGAAAAUUGGAGAAAAUGAAAUUCUCGACUUUUGAGAGCCCAUAACUUUUUUGACAGUCCUUGGGGCAAUUUUCGAAUGCAGAUUCGGAAUCAGCAUGAAGAAUCAUAUCUAGGAUACAUAGUCCCAUUUGGAAGUCCCACUGUGAGCUGAGACAAUUCCCUAGUGAUGCUACUACAACUUCAAAGAAAUCCGAAAUACCUCCCCUGGUGUUCUAGUCCCUCGCGUCCGAACAAGCCUCCCCCUCUCCUUUUCUUUUUGACUGGGGGGGGCUGAAUCAAAUGUCGAAUGUGCUGUUUUUCCUUUUGGAAUCCCCCCGUAGUACUAGGGCCCUGAACUGAAAUUUAAAAAUCGAAUAAUAAACGGGGCCUAUCUCCAAAUCGUUUCGAGACCGAUUAACGAUCGAUUCUACCUACUUGGAAGGGGGGGGCUUAUUCGAACGGGUCGGGGGGGUUUGAACGGGCCGUGAGGGAGGUGGGGUUUCGAACGGGUCGUAAAAAAAGGGGGGGAUUUUUUUCGAACGGGCCGUGAUGGGGGCUUUUUCGAACCGAACGGGUCGUUAAGGGGGAGGGGUUUUCAAACGGUACCCCCUCUUGAGCUCCUCAAUGAAUGAGACAAAAAUUUCCUUCAAUGCAGGAUCUACGUGAAAGUCCCGACAGCCCACGCGAGUGGACUCGAAGAAAUCUACGACCGGACUCCCAGGGAAAUCUCGGAACGUUUCGUCAACCUGACCCACCAUGGAGAACACCAAUUCGGACAUUUCGCCGCCUUUGAGCAACCCAAAAUCUUGGCCGAAUCUGUUUUUGAUUUUGUCAAGGAUUUGCAGUAA